AUGGCCUUCCGCUUCGCCGCAAGGAGACUCUCCCUCGCCCGCCCCGCCGUGCCGGCGCGGGCCUUCCACUCAACGCCCGCCGCCUUCGUCAAGGUCGGCGACGCCGUGCCCGAGGUCGAUCUCGUCGAGAGCUCGCCCGGCAACAAGGUCAACUUGGCCGAGGAGUUCAGCAAGGUCACCAACGGCCUCAUUAUUGGUGUGCCAGCCGCCUUCUCCCCCGCGUGCUCCGCGAGCCACAUCCCUUCGUACAUCAACCACCCGAAGCUCAAGGAGGCGGGCUCCGUCUUUGUCGUCUCCGUCAACGACCCCUUUGUCAUGAAGGCUUGGGGUGACCAAUUGGACCCUGCAGCCCAGACUGGAAUCCGAUUCCUGGGAGACCCGUCCGGCGAGUUCACCAGAGCGUUUGACGUCGACUUUGACAGCAAGGCCAUCUUUGGCAACGACCGCAGCAAGCGUUAUACCCUCGUUAUCGAGAACGGCAAGGUCAAGGAGGCCCACGUCGAACCCGAUAACAUUGGCACCGCAGUUUCCCUGGCCGACAAGGUCCUGGUCGGCACCAUUCCUCCCACUACGCGGAAGAGAAAGGCCGCUGAGGCGACGAUAUCCUCCAAUACCCAAGACACCGCGACAAAGAAGAGGAUCGCCUCGGCUGCCAAACAAGACGCUCCCCCAACUCCCGUCACCACCGUGAGCAACGGCAUGGAUUCUGAGGAGGACUUCAUGUCGGCUCCCUCGAGCGAGGACGAGAUCAUGCAGGAUGACAGCGGCGAGGACAUGUCUGGCCCGGAUGGUAUGUCUGCACCCCCUCCCCCUCCCCCUAACCCACCUCGGGACUCCACAGCCCCGAAGCCACCGGCUGACGACUAUGCUUCCUCUUUAGAUUUCGACGAAGAUGACUUCGAAGACGAGCCCGACGCGGACCUAGGCAUGAUCAAGGACUCCGAUAGCAAGAAGAAGGUGGCCUAUGACAUCUCAUUCAAGGUCUAUGAGCCAAAGGACAUUCAACGUCAGCAGGAUGACAUGAUCGACGAGGUCAACAUGAUUCUCAAUAUCCGCAAGGAGGACGUCGCGAUAUUGUUGCGGCACUUCAGGUGGAACAAAGAACGUUUGAUUGAGGAUUACAUGGACGCUCCCAACAAGGUCUUGGAGGCUGCUGGCCUUGGCUCGAAUGUGGCUGGCCCGCCCAAGCUUGAAGCUAUCCCGGGCUUCGUGUGCGAUAUUUGUUGCGAGGACGAUGAGGGUCUCCAGACCUUCUCUCUCAAGUGCGGUCACCGAUAUUGCCACGACUGCUAUCGCCAUUACCUCACCCAAAAGAUCCGCGAAGAAGGCGAGGCUGCUCGCAUUCAGUGUCCGGCCGAGGGCUGCGGCCGCAUUAUCGAUUCAAAGUCCUUGGAUUUGCUCGUUGCAUCCGACCUCAACUCCCGAUAUCACGAGCUUCUGAACCGGACGUAUGUGGAGGACAAGGAAACUCUGAAGUGGUGCCCUGCUCCUGAUUGUCCCAACGCCGUCGAGUGCGCCAUUAAGAAGAAGGACUUGGAUAGGAUUGUCCCCACAGUUGCUUGCGGUUGCGGCCAUCGCUUCUGCUUUGGUUGCAUUCUGACUGAUCAUCAGCCCGCCCCCUGCGAGCUCGUCAAGAGAUGGCUCAAGAAGUGUGCAGAUGAUUCGGAGACUGCCAACUGGAUAUCAGCCAAUACCAAGGAGUGCCCCAAGUGCAACUCGACAAUCGAGAAGAACGGCGGCUGCAACCACAUGACAUGCCGAAAGUGCAAGCACGAGUUCUGCUGGAUGUGCAUGGGCUUGUGGUCGGAGCACGGUACGAGCUGGUACAACUGUAAUCGCUUCGAGGAGAAAAGUGGUACAGACGCUCGCGAUGCGCAGGCUAAAUCUCGCAUAUCGCUGGAGCGUUACCUGCAUUACUACAACCGCUACGCCAACCACGAACAGUCCGCUAAGCUCGACAAGGACAUUUACCACAAGACGGAGAAGAAGAUGGUGCAACUUCAGACAGCCUCAGGCAUGUCUUGGAUUGAGGUUCAAUACCUGAACCAGGCCUCACAAACGUUGCAAACCUGCCGGCAGACUCUUAAGUGGACUUACGCCUUCGCAUUUUAUUUGGCACGCAACAACUUGACCGAAAUUUUCGAAGAUAACCAGAAGGAUCUCGAGAUGGCUGUCGAGGCCUUGUCAGAGAUGUUUGAGAAGCCUGUCAAUGAGCUCUGUGACAGGAAGUUAAAAGUGGACAUCAUGGACAAGACGUCAUACUGCAAGAAGCGACGGAUUAUCUUGCUUGAAGACACUGCAGACAACCUCGCCAAUGGACGCUGGACCUUUAACGUGGAUCUUCACGGUCCCUCACCAGCCGGUGCCACGAGCAGUCGUCGUUAG